AUGUCUACAAACUCAAACCCGUUCAUGAAUAAUACACCUUCUUCCUCUCCACUUAAGGGUUCUGAGAAUAAGAGGAUAUCGAAACGGCCGAUCUCCAGUUCGUCAUCUGCCUCACUAUUAUCCUCCCCCUCCAGACGAUCGAGGCCGCCUACAGUAUAUGGUGAUAGAUAUAUUCCUAACAGAACUGACAUAGAUUUGAAUUCUAUCGUUUCAAUCAGUAGCAUAACGAACGUUCCUGCCCUCAACCCAUCGAGUACAGAGGAUCAAGUCGAGUACCAAAAGGAAAGACAAGCACAUGAAACGUACAACACUCUGUUAAAGAAUGAGCUUUUUGGUGAGAUGCUUAGUAAGGAUACAGUAGGGCCAGAAAGUAGUAUAGACCGUAUAAAGAACACUAGGCCAUCUACUAUGGGCGUUGUACAUGCAGAAAAUUCAAGUAACCGUGGUUAUGAGCUGGAACGAGUAUCAACACCGCCACCUGAAGGGGCUGGUUUAGAAGACUUUUCUCCACACUCUACGCCAGUCACGCCUCGACGUCUUUUCACUUCACAGCAAGAUGAAGUCAUACGGCCUUCCAGUAGCUCGGUGAGAGGCGCCAGCCUGCUAACCUAUCAACAACGCAAAGGUAGAAAACUCUCAGCAGCAUCUUUGUUACAGUCACAGUUUUUUGAUUCAAUGUCGCCAGUUAGGCCAGAUUCGAAACAAUUAUUGUUGUCACCGGGAAAGCAAUUCAGACAAAUAGCGAAGGUCCCUUAUAGAGUUCUAGAUGCUCCAUCUUUAGCAGACGAUUUUUAUUAUAGUUUGAUAGAUUGGUCGAGCACAGACGUCUUGGCAGUCGCCCUUGGGAAGUCUAUAUUUUUAACGGACAAUAAUACGGGGGACGUUGUGCAUUUGUGUGACACGCAAAACGAAUAUACAAGCUUAAGCUGGAUUGGAGCAGGCUCUCACCUAGCAGUUGGCCAAGGCAACGGGCUUGUAGAAAUUUAUGACGUAAUAAAAAGAAAAUGUAUAAGAACAUUAUCAGGACAUGUCGAUAGAGUGGCGUGUUUGUCUUGGAAUAAUCAUGUGUUAACAUCUGGAAGUAGGGACCAUCGAAUACUGCAUAGAGAUGUAAGAAUGCCGGAUCCUUUCUUCGAAACUAUAGAGUCGCAUACUCAGGAAGUCUGCGGCUUGAAGUGGAAUGUAGCAGAUAAUAAGCUUGCAUCAGGUGGUAACGAUAAUAUGGUUAAUGUUUACGAGGGAACUUCCAAAUCCCCAAUCUUGACAUUUGAUGAACAUAAGGCUGCUGUUAAGGCAAUGGCUUGGUCUCCUCACAAAAGGGGCAUUUUAGCUACAGGCGGUGGAACAGCGGAUAGAAAAUUGAAAAUUUGGAAUGUCAAUACUUCGACGAAGAUAAGUGAUAUAGACAGUGGCUCUCAGAUAUGUAAUAUGGUAUGGUCAAAAAAUACGAACGAACUUGUGACAUCGCAUGGUUAUUCAAAAUAUAACUUAACUUUAUGGGAUUGUACUUCCAUGGAUCCAAUCGCAAUUUUGAAGGGACACAGUUUCAGAGUCCUUCAUUUGACCUUAUCUAAUGAUGGGACCACUGUUGUUUCUGGAGCUGGAGACGAAACAUUACGAUAUUGGAAGCUUUUUGACAAGCCAAAAGCGAAAGUUCAACCAAAUUCGUUGAUAUUUGAUGCAUUCAAUCAGAUCCGCUAA